AGUCCCUUUUCUUUUGCUCUCUCUUGCAUUCCUGUGUGCAAAGGCAUCUGCCCAUCCCAUCCCUUUCUGCUUUUGUGCCAUCUUUACCAAUGCCUUGGCCAAAAAGAGGAAAGAUCUCCCUUAACCACCACCACCCGCCUUCUCCCUUUUCUGCAGCCAACUCUCCAUCUCUCUGAAACAAGGAGUGGUUUGAUCGGUUCCCGGCACCUCAGAGAAGACCACAGGCAGAGCUGGCUGGGGGAAGAAGCUCUGUUGUGGCAGCUUGCAGAAUCUAGCCCUUCUCACCAUCCAGGAGCGAGAGGGAGGAAAGAAAGCAAGCAAAGAGAAGCUUCUCCUUCUUGCAAACUGGCUUCCUUUUGUCUGCUCCUGUCUGGAUAUCUGGGACCCCCCUCUGCAAUCAGUCUGAGUUGAGAAUGUGAAGUCUCCAUCCAAGCAAAAUAUUUCUUCCACAGAAGGUCGACCUGGAGAAAUGCUCCAAAGGAGAGUCCGGAAUUAAGGGGAAAUGAAGUCACAUUGGUGGUGGUGGUGGUGCAGCUACUGCCAAUGACCCACUCUCCAUGAAGAUGUCCUCCAUGGACCCCCUGCCUCCGGCCACCCCUCCCGCCCAGAAGCCCACCCGAAUCAUCAAGCCUCGCCCGCCCACUCGGCCACGACCCUAUCUUCCCCCCCGGCCGGACUCUGCCAGGCUGAGCCGGGGUCCCACCCCAACUUUGCCCCCGGAGAUCUCCACAGCUGAGACGUCAAGUGAGGGAUGCUCUAGGGUUGCUGAGCCCCCAUAUAAUCAAGAGCGGCACCUCCACAAGCUGCAGAAUUCGGGUGCCGUGCGGAAGAUUGUGGUGCGUUUUGACCAAGCUGCUCCAGAGAAAGGGGAGCCUGGCAAGCUAAACCAAAGCACUCCGAACUGCAGCGAAGCACCCAUCUCUGUCAACGAAAAUGGAGCAGAGACGACCACGGAGGAAAAGGAGGGGCAGGGGCAAUCCAAUCCUUCCGAGGAUGUCCAGCCUCCUGUUUCUUGCGCAGUGGAGCAGAACGGCAUAGAAUUACCUUCUUCCUGCCCCUUGGGCUGCCCCUGCAUUUGCCACCAACAGCGGCCAGGCAUGGUUUUGGCCUGGGUUCCAGCACAUUCUCAGAAGACAGAGCAGGAAGACGGCGAGGAUGGACCAGCCUCAGAUCUCUCCUCUUCUGCUGAUGAGGGAGGCUCCUUCUUCCAACAUAUAUUGGUGCUCAACACCCCACCUGCCAACUCUUCCUCUUCUUCCUCCUCAUCUAUGGGGGGCAGGCCCCCCAAAACACGUCGUUCUCCCCGGAGCAAGAAACCCCUUGAUCCACCCCCUUCCACCAAUGGACAUACUGAAGGGGGAGUCAUAUUGACGGGGUACCGUUCGACUGCCGAGCCUCUUCCACCCCGGUGCCCCCCUCUGAUGCCCAAACCGCCCCGGCGCAGCAAAGGAGGUUCCCCUGCCUCAUUGGAUGGGGAGGCCUUGCCCCCUGCCAUCCCCCCGAAAGCCCCCGUGAAGCCGCCUCGCAAUGCCUUGGGCCUUUCUUCCUUCUCCCGCAGGAGUUCCCUCCAGUACCCACUUGAGGCAAACCAUGUUCCAGGCGAUGUCUCCCCUAUUAAUGUGCGGGAAGGGCUCCCAUUACCACCUCCUUCCCAGCCUCCACCACCCCCACCCACUUCACAAACACCUCCACCUUUCCUCAUUUCUCAGCACCCCACACUGAAUUCCUUCCAGUUGCCUGUAGCCCCAACUCCCCCUCCUCCUUCCCAGCCUCCUCCACCGCUUCCUCAGGGCCUGCCUCCUCCACCGACUCAGCCACCACCUCCCUUGGAGAGCUCACCCAUAGCCAAAGACCCUUGCCAAGGUGGAUGUGAAAAUGAGUCCCCUAUUCUGGGUGACUCUGACAUGGGGACCUCAAAUGACAGCUGCUGUUCAGUGUUCUCCUCAAAGGGCCCUGACUGGGGGCUUUACCUCCAGGAUGAACCCCUUUACCAAACAUAUCGCCAGGCUGUUAUCUCUAAGGAGAUCAAACGACAAACAGUUCCCCGAAACAGCAGUUUCAGCAGCUCAGAUUAUGGGGUUCCUUCCCCCGGUGAAGGACCAUCUGGACCUCGAGGUCCCAUCCCUCAUAGCACGCUUUGGCAGGAGUUGCCCGCUGUGCGAGAGAGCGGCCUUCUGGGAAACAUAAGCCCCGAGGAGCGGAAGAUGCAAGAGAGCCUUUUUGAGGUGGUGACUUCGGAGGCCUCGUACCUUCGCUCGCUGACCCUUCUGAUUGAGCACUUUAUGGAGUCACGGGACAUGGCAGCCACAAUCCUCUUGCGUGAACAUCGGAUCCUCUUCUCCAACAUCCGUAAAGUCAAGGAGAUCAGUGAAAGAUUCUUGCAGGACCUGGAAGGGCGCUUGGCUGAGAGCCUGCAGAUCUCGGAUGUCUGUGACAUCGUGGAGGAACAUGCCCAGCAAAGCUUUUCUGUUUACAUUGACUACGUGCGCAAUCAGCUGUACCAAGAGAAGACCUACAGCACCCUCAUGGAGAAGAACCCCCAGUUUGCUACUGUUGUCACCCGCCUUCAAGAGCUGCCCCAAUGCCAGCGGCUUCCCUUUAUGUCUUUCCUGUUGCUUCCUUUCCAGAGAAUCACCCGCAUCAAGAUGCUCAUAGAGAACAUCCUGCGUCGAACAGAAGAAGGGUCCCUACGAGAGCAGAAUGCCAUGAAAGCUUUGACAUCUGUUUCCAAGAUAAUAGAAGACUGUAAUUCUGAAGUGGGGCGCAUGCGUCACAUGGAGGAGCUGAUCCACAUUGCCAGCAAGAUUGAGUUUGACAAGCUUAAGGCUGUCCCCAUCAUCUCCCAGAGCCGGCAACUACUGAAGCAAGGGGAGCUGUUGGAGGUGGUUCAUCGAGGGUCUAUCUUUGGCACCAAGCCCAAGCUAGUGCCUAUCUAUUUGUUCCUCUUCAAUGACCUACUGCUCAUCACUCAGCGCAAGAGUUCUGAACGCUUUGUGGUGCUGGAUUAUGCCCACCGUUCCUUGGUCCAGGCCCAGGGCUGCGGGGAAGCCUACACAGGCCAAGGCGCAGAAAACAGCUUCUACCUGACACUGAUGGAGAACCACCAAGGACGGAGUAGUGACCGCCUCUGCCGUGCCCCAACACAGUCAGAUAUGCACCGCUGGAUAGGUGCAUUCCCUUCUCACGAAUCCCAGUCUAAUGGCAAGCAGGAAACUAUCUAUGAGGACUGGGAUUGCCCCCAAGUGCAGUGCACAGAAACCUAUACUGCCACCCAAGCUGAUGAAUUGAGCCUUGAGCCAACAGACAUCGUGAAUGUGCUACGCAAAACCAAUGAGGGUUGGUAUGAGGGGGUUCGCCUGGCAGAUGGCAAGAAGGGCUGGUUUCCCUCACGCUAUGUGCAAGAAAUCACCAAUGAGCAUGUGCGGCGGCGCAACCUUCGUGAGCGCUACCGUGUCCUACAAGCAGCUCGCCAGCUCCAGCUGAUACGCACCAGCCACAGCAAGGGCAAAUAUGGUUCAGCUUGAGACGGCAGGUGCAGAACCACAGAUGGGGACACUAAAGAGGCCGGCCUGCAUGCAUGCAUUCUCUAAAUACUGGGCUCAGAACCAGAUUGACUUCUGUUCUGUUGGGCACAGAAGAAGCACUGCCACUGAGGGGUGCCCAGGAUGAGUGAUGACACUGGAGUAUGGUUUGCAGUAUGAGGGAAAACCAGUGGUGGAAGGAAGGCAAAUGAGAGCAAGGUUUCCUUGUUGUCCUGAGCUGACAGCUGCUGUAAUGUCAUAAACAGGUCUCUGGAGGUGCCAAAGGCACACUUCUCUAUCUGCCUCCUUAGCCACUUGCUGUCAGAAGCGGGUGUCAGAGUUUCAGCUUUUUACUGCACUGCACACACAGCAAGUGGCUUUUGGUCCUGUCACCCUACUCACAGGGUGCCUCUUUUGACUGGCCUUAUGGUAUCCAAGAGGAAAGACAACCAGUUACCCCGCAAAAAGAGUUGGCGUGUGCUAUCUCCAACCACACUACUUGGAGUGCAUGUGUUGAAGAGCAGCUCAUUCUCAGUGGUGAUGAUUUGUCAGAGGAAGCACAGGCUGUUAGAUGAUAUAGGGGCUAUGGCGUUGUGGCUCUCUCUUCCAGUCAGAUUCAGUAUGCACAAACAACUUUUUGCUGUAAUUAUCCAUCCAAAACUUCUUUUCAAACUGAGAAGAGGCAGAUGGGUCUUCUCUUGGACCUCAAGGAGCAUGAGAGGGGCACACACCCUUUUUCCUACCGUGAAUUCCCUGGUCCAGGGGUUUGAACAAAGUUUCUCUAUAUUAUCUGAGGUUAGGCUCGGGAGAGUUUAUUUUUUUGGACAGCAUCUUCCAGAACCCCUGAACCCAAACUGUGCAGGAGGUAAAAGCUGGAACUGGAGAACACACAUGCUUAUUUCCUUGUUCUUCUCAGCCAGAUGGAGCGCUGAUUACAUGUGUGAACCCACCUGUAGCCUGGCACGAUGACAGUAAUAUGGCUUGGGCCACAACCAUCUGGGCACCUUUCCAACCCUGGGCUCAAGGUGCUUGUAACUUGUGUGUGUGCCUUGUUUAUUUCCCUGCCAGCUGUGUUAGAAACUUGGUAUACAAAGCAACUGAAAAUCUCUACUCCCCCAGGCAUUUUACAGAUGAGUAACUGCCCCAGGUGCUGUACCACUUGCUGUCUUGGUGCCAUUUCUGCCAGUAUUCCACAGGACUUGCCAGUCUUCCUUUCCCUGGCAUCGGCUUGGGGCCUUCUCUACCUCAGCAAGGAUGUUCCUUUUCAACGAGCAACCCUCCCUGUUUCUUCAGCCCCCUUCUGGGGAUAUCUAGGGCUACUGCUCCGAGCCUAGACUUUCCCCCUUCUGGUGCUGGCAUCUGUCUGCUGCCCUUCCUCAAGUAUUUUCUCCCUAAUGCCAACCCGUCUAGAACGGUGGACCAACCCAUCACCCAUAAUUAUGGAGUCCACCCCUGUGCUUCCAACCCUGCACCAUGGCCCCAAGCCAAUUCGUAUUUAUUCAUUUGAAUAACCUCUUAACUUCCAUUUCAGAGGAGGAAAUUUCCACAUUCACUUGCUGAAUAUUGCUCACAGCCCUGGUAGUGUGCAGGGGGGGAAAGAUUGUUUAAUUUAUUAUGUACCAUAUUUGCCUGCAUUGUUGUCUUUAUUUUGUGUCUUUUUUUUCUAUCACAAUGCUUGUUGUUGUUUUUUAAAUGAGGAUGAUGAUGAUGAUGGAAAACUCUCUGUGUGAGACUGUUGGUCUUCUGCUUCAAGGUUUCCACUCUGGGUUUAGCUAAUGAUACUCAUAAAAUGGUGAUUACAGACUACCACUUUCUGCAAGGUCCAAAGUUGCACUUGUAUUAAGAUAUGGGAAAACUAAGACCAUCUUAGUAGUACAGUGAGCCUUUGGUAUCUCUUGCGAUAUUCAGCAAGGGGCCAACAAAAUGACCAUUGAGCAUCAGGACUGAUGCAUAAUAGGACCCAGUGCACCUUGACACACCAGCUAGGGAGUGCUGAUGUGCACCAGUAGAACCCAAUACACAUUAGAACACUCUUAACAAGUAUUCUGGUAUGCAUCUUCACAAUUCACUAAUAGGAUUCUUUAGUGCCUCUGGUACAAUUAAAUAUAUGUAAAGUUAUGCAACAUAGACCGCAAUAGGA